AUGGCUCCUGGCAGGACACUCGAAUACCCCAAGACCGCGGUGAACAAGGUCAAUCGGUAUAACGUAAGAGCAAGUUAUGACCUCGAGACCAUCCACAGUAUCAUCAACUCGAGCACAGUCUUGAACGUGUCUUUCAACACGCCCGACCCCAACAAUCCAUUUCCCAUCACACUUCCCAUGGUCGGCGUGGCCGCCAGCUUCGACCAUCCAUCUGCAUCGUUGGGCGAGCCGCUCGACAUCUACGUCCACGGCUAUGUCAGCAGUCGCAUGAUGAACCACUCGCGUGACACCAACGGCACGGACGCCACAGAAUACAAAGGACUCCCCGUGACCAUAUCCGCCACCAAGGUUGACGGCCUAGUCCUCACCCUGUCGCCGUACACACACGACAUCAACUACCGCUCAGUCUGUCUCUUUGGAUAUGCAAAUGUCGUCACGUCCGACGAGGAGAAAGUGUGGGCGAUGGAGGAGAUCACCAAUGGAGUCUUACAUGAUCGCUGGCGGCACACACGCGUGCCCCCCGACGGUGCAGAGAUGCAAAGCACCAGUAUCCUCAGGGUGUCUGUCGUGGGAGGAAGUGGCAAGAUUCGGGUCGGCGGGCCGCGAGACGAGUUGAAAGAUUCUAACCGGGAGGAUCUGAUGGACCAAAUCUGGACCGGCGUCGUACCCGUCUAUGAGCAUUUCGGGGAGCCCGUACCGGGCAAAGCGAAUCGUGUCAAGGAUGUUCCUGCACAUGUGGUUGAUUUUGCAACGGCGUGCACCAAGACCAACAAGGAAUACGUGGCAGAUGCGAUUGCGGAUACUUCGCAAGACUGA